UUUAAUUUGUUUUUGUCAUUUGACUAUCAAAAGUUUUGCAGGAGCAAAAUAAAAAAGAAGGGGCAAAAGCGAAUUCGACAACCACGUUUUGCAUUCAUGACUAAGAGUGAAGUUGAUCAUCUUGAAGAUGGUUAUCGGUGGAGGAAAUACGGCCAAAAGGCGGUUAAGAAUAGUCCAUUCCCAAGAAGUUACUACCGAUGCACAAACAGCAAAUGCACGGUAAAGAAAAUGGUUGAACGCUCAUCUGAAGACCCGACUAUUGUCAUCACUACAUACGAAGGCCAGCAUUGUCACCACAGUAUUGGAUUCCCUAGAGGCGGUUUUAUCGCUCAUGAUUCUUUAUAUGCGAGCCAAAUGCAUCACCCUUCAGCGUUCCAAUUUCACUAUCCAACAAAUCAAAUUUCCCAACAAGGUUCUAGCAGUCUGUCACACUCACCUAGAAGUAAACUAGUAACAUGGCCUGAUCAUGAUCAGUCAUAUCCUCAACCAAACCCUGAUCAGCUUCCCAUGGACGAAGGACUUCUUGCUGACAUUAUGCCACCUGAAAUGCGCAAUCAAUCAAUCAAAAGAUGAGAUUCAUGGGAUAUCUAGGGUUAAUUGUGAUCUGGUGCUUUGGUUCAAGAUCAAUUCCAAAUCUUUCCUUGGUCGACUGUAAGUCUUUAUAUAUUUCUUCCUGUUUGUUAACCAAAGAGAACAUGCUUAAUUCCCUUAUUAUUGAUUUGUGGAUUUAUUGUUCUCAUUUUGAAUUAGGGUGACUGAUCAUCAUGAUUGCUGCAGCUAUAUUUUCCUCCAUUUUUGUUGUAUUAAUUACAAAUAAACAUCAUAAACAUCGUCAAUUCAUUCAAAUUUAUGUCUUUUCCAUUUUUUGUUUGGAUUGUUGACUUUCUCUAAUAUUCUUUUUGGGAGGUUUGAACCAUUGUUGAGAAUGAAUCUGGAUCAGAAUUUUAAGUCUGUAAGUAAAAGUACGUAGUCUACUUAUAAGGUUGGUUAAUUUUUAGUUUUACCACUUUUUAAUA